GCCGCUGCAGAGAGCCCGAUCUGGGAGGAUGAAGGAGGAAUGUGGGCGGACCAUGUCGGAUGCCUUGAAGUAUGUGCAACGAGUUUCGCUUCCCGCUCAUCCUGUGCCAUCUGUCAUCACCUGUCAGGUAGAAUAGGUGUUGCACUGAGCACUAAGACAGCACACACACCAAGGCUUUUCCUCAGACGGAGCUUGACAGGCUUUGGCACUACCGAGGCUGAAAGACGGCCAGAUGAAUCUGUACAGGAGUUUUGGGUGUUUGCUGGAGACCUGGGUGGCUGAGGGUUACCCGCCAGAACGCUCAAGCUCAGCAGAGGGUUUGGAAAAAAAACUGGACCCGAACGGCAGUGACUCCAGGUCUGCAGACUCCCUGAGACUCACAGGAGCUCCUAUCAGGUCUGAAUCUGAGGACUCUGGAGUGGAGCUGCCAUCUGUGGUCAACCCUUUGACCUCCCAGCACUCUGUUCUGACCUCACAGGCCUCGCAGCUUGGCGAGGAUGUCUCACGACCGUCAUCUUCCUCGCCGGCUCUUUCUCAGUGCUCCUCGUCCUCAUCAUUUUUCUCAGCAGCGCGGAAGGAAAGUUUAAAACCGUCUGAAACAGUCGGGCUGAAGGUGGAGGAGGCAUUGCGGAGAACAGAGCCAGCCUGGAGGAGAAGCGUGGAUGGUAGCCAUCGACGUCGGUGUAACACAGCUUCAAUAUCCAGCGGUUCUCUUAAACACUCGAUGCGCUCCAGAGUUGGAAGCGUUGGGCCAGGAAGGCCUUACAUACAACCCGCUGAUGAGCAGAGAUCGUCAGAAGCUCUCAGAGUAACACACACACCGCAACAGCCUGCUGUCAGUAACAGAGAAGCGCAGGCUGCAUGUGCCACUGGGCCUGAGUGGGACCAUCUGCCCCCUGGGUUUCUCUACCUGGAGCAGAUGUGCCGGAUGCUGGAGGAGAUCGCCCGGCUGCAGAGGGAGAACCACAACCUCCAGCUGGUGAUAAAGAACAACCGAGACGAGACGGGAGAGACGGAGAUGAAGGCUGUCUGCAGGCAGAAAGCUGAUAUCGACUGCACAGACGGUGAGAAGCUUGACUUCCGGCAUACCAAGAAUAAACCAGGACGUUCUUCCGAGGCUUUCCGUCGAAGGAGCGUGUCUGAUCCGUGGACUUUUAUCAAACAACGAAGUAAAUCUAAAGCCCGUCAAGCCGAGCACUUCCCAUCCACACACGUUUUACUGGAACAGCCUGAAAACCCACAGUCGCCGGUUGAAACGGAGCAGCGGAAGGCGAGUAACAGCCUGAAACAGAAGAUUAGCUCACUUAGAUGGAAUGAAAAGUCAAAACCAGCCAAGAGCAGCAGCUCACAAAAUGAGAAAAAGAGGACACUCGGACAACUUUUCAACAACCGAAGAAAGACGACGCGGUUCUGACUCUCUAUUCAGACGAGGACGUCACAAAAGAGUCAGCAAAUCAUAAACGGACACAGUGUGGACAUUCUUUACACCUUACCUUGACCUGCCGUUUGCCUAUGGAUAUUUAUAUUUGCUAUAAUCUUGCCUAAAUCUCGGUUUACCUCUGGUAUUUCUAUCUUUUUCAAUUUGUCAGGCUGGACGAAAGUGUUCUUUAUAGUCCAGGAGAAGUGACUCUACAUACUGUAUAUCUAUUUCACAAAACACAACUCAAUGCAAGGUAGAAAUGAGAAACCGCCAUGAUGGUUCGAGACCACGGGCUCAUUUACGACAUUUCCAGCUAAUGCUAUGUGUACAGCUAAUGCUAACUUCGAGUAAUUUCAUCCGAGACAAGAAAUCCGAGGCCUGAAUGUUAAUGAUGUGGCACAAAUCCAAAAGGUGUUUCAGCAUAGCAUUCAGAUUACAUGAUGUUUUUGGGUAAGGUUUAGAGCCUGGGUGGGGUCGGGUAGGCUCAUACUGCACACUGUUUAUACAGCCUGUUGAUUCCAAAACUACACUCAUAUAAAGCUAAACAGUUAAGCCUUACGUUGGCUUGCCAGUAUUUUAAUGAAUAUUAAAUAAUGCAUUAAGAUAAUCAAAGCACUUACAAUGCCCUAUAUAUUUACUGUACACUGUUAUAAAGGAGUAAGUCUUUCAUAAAGCAACUUAGAGAAAAUAAAAACGUUAGCAAAUCCGGGGUUUACACUUUAACAUUAACUCAGGUAGGUCUAAGAAGCACCUUGAAAUUUCUCAGGAUUUGAGGAAAUUGAAUAUAUCGCAGUGUACAUGAUAGUAGGUAUUGUAUUAUAUUUUUAUAUUGUGGCGAUGUCUUUUAUAUCGUGUGCUGCUAAAUUAUUAAGAAUAGAAGAGAGGUGUCUGUCAAUCUCUUUAUCAGUGCAGCUCCUUGUUUAGGUGAUAUUUUCUCAUGUGUUAUAUCACAUGUUACAGCGUCAUAUUUUCAGUAUUUUUCACAUUAUUUAUGUUAAAAAAAAAAAGAAAAGAAAAGCCUGUAUGUUUGCUUUGUCUUGUAAUUUGUGCAAUUUGUAACAGAUGUACAGUAUAAAGCUCUUAUGGUUGUAUAAAUCUAUGUUUAUAGAAGCUA